AUGUCUGAUAACAACAUCACCGACACCAAGCCUGCGACAACAGCAGGCACUGCUGUCCCCGAUGCUAAUGCGAAUGUUUCAGCUGCCAAGGCAGGAGCAGCAUCAGAUUCAGGUAAAUCAUCGGCUGAUUCAAAGACUGAAGACCAGCAUCCACAACAUCCACAACACCAACAACAAUUUCAAGGAAACUAUGGCUCUAACUACUACCAAGGCCAAGGUUCUUACCCUAAUAAUUUCCAAUAUGGACAAAAUGUGAAUCCUAACUACAAUGGCAGCGCAAAUUUUCACAACAAGGGCCAAUACAACAACUCUAAUAAACACCAUUCAGGAAACAGACAGAACUUCAACAACAAUGGUAAUAAUGCCAAGUUUAAUCACAACAGUAACAACCAGAACAACCCCAAUGCUCAAACUCAUUCACACAGAAAGCUGUUUAGUAAUACUAAAAUGAAUCACCCUCAUUCCAACCAACAGCACCAACAACAACAACAGCAACAACAACAGCAGUAUAUGGGAUAUGGAUAUGGUGCUGCAGUUCCACAAGCAUAUCAAUAUGGCUAUAUGCCCCAAUACUAUGUUCCUAUGCCGUACAUGCCACCAGGGUCUCAGUCAUACGUUUCUCCAACCAGCAGCGCUUCUAGUGGCUCAACCCCUCAAUAUGUUCACGCACAAACCAGAACUCCACCUGUUCCAAAAGUGAAGUUGACCACCAAGGAUGGUAAGCCAGUUGAUUUGGAGGAGAAAAAGAAGAAAACUGCAUCCUCGACUCCAGUCGCAUCUCCGUUCGUAAAACACGCGUCCCCAGCUGCUGUUCCUGCCACUAAUAACAGUACUGAAAAACUGGAGUCAUCAACGCCGGGAGCUACAUCUACUGAAGCUGUUCCUCCGGUUUCUACUGACCCACCAGCACCCGCAGCUACUUCAACAUCUACAUCUACAUCUGCACCCGCACCCGCACCCGCACCCGCACCCGCACCCGCUCUUUCCGCAGCAGAAGAGUUCAAGAGAAAGAUUAGGGAAAAGGCUGCUGCUGCUGCGGCUGCCAAAGAGAAGGAGAAGAAAGAGGCCGAAGGCGGUCAGGAAAAGGAAACGCCUAAAGAGGAACCAAAAACUGAGCAAACAGAGGCAGCUUCAAAGGAGGAGACUUCACCAGAUGUGAAAGGAAAUAUUGCAGAACUGGGCUCUGAAGAGAAGGCUACUGAUUCCGCCGUGGUUAAGGGAUCUGAAAACAUAGAGACAUCCGAUGACUCUCCGGUAGCAACUAGCGUCGCGGACGAAGGAAAAACCCACAGUUCCCUUGAAUCUACUGAAGCUGUUGAAGUUAUAAAGAAAGAUCAAAAUGCUGAAACCAAUGCUGAAGUACCAGUAGAAAAGAAGGAGGAACAGCAACCAGAAAGUAAAGAGAGCGAAAGUGCUGAAGCCGAUGCUGUACAUGAAACAAAGGAUGAUGCCGGCGCAGAACAAGCAGUCGUUGAUACCACCACUCCUGCAUCUGAUGAAGAUAUCCAAGAUGCUUCUGCAGAAACGGAGACAUCAGAAACCGCCGAACAAGAACUCAAUAUUACACAAUUUAUGAAAAAGAUUGCUGAAGUCCCUGCACUUACAAACAUCAUGGAUGUCACUUACCCUGAAAACAUAAAUGGUGUCGACAGCUCGAAACAAAUUCCUAGCAAAAAGUACAGAUAUGAUCCACAGUUCUUGAUCCAAUUCAGAGAUGUUGUACAAUAUCCUAUCGACGGUGACUUCAAGACCCGUUAUGGUUACUUAGAACUUGGCCAACAACAAGCGCUCAGACGUUCAGGCUCCACUAGAGAUUCAUCCUCACGUAACCUUGGGCAGGGCGGUAGACAACCAAGUGGAAUGGGACGUUUUGGAGGCCCUCAUGACAAACGAGGUAGCCUUGGAAACGCAAACGCAUAUGAUAGCAGACAAAACUCAAGAACAGGCUCAAAGAGAAGAGGUGCAUCGACGAGAGACAAGUCUACAAGGAAGCCACUUCAAUCAAAGAGAGGUAGAAACAAUGAAUCACGCGAACCUACUGAAGAAGAGUUGGCCAGAGAAGCACCAAAACCAGCAGAAGAUGUUAAACCGUUGGAAAAAUCAGCAAACAGAUGGGUUCCUAAAUCAAGAGCUAAGAAGACCGAGGUACGUUAUGCUGAAGAUGGUAGUGUCAUAUUAGAAAAGGAAGAUGUUGAAAGAAAGAUCAAAUCGUUAUUGAACAAAUUGACAUUGGAAAUGUUCAACGAAAUCACAGACGAGAUGUUGGACAUUACAAAACAAUCUAAAUGGGAAACUGAUGCGGGAACUAUCAAGCAAACCAUUUCUUUAACGUUCCAAAAGGCAUGUGAUGAACCUUAUUGGUCUGAAAUGUAUGCCAAAUGGUGUGCCAAAAUGACCACCAACAUUCUUCCAGAAAUCACUGAUGAAUCAAGUACGCUAAAGGAUGGAACACACCCAUCAGGUGGUGCAUUAGCUAGAAGAGUGUUGUUGACUACUUGUCAAGUUGAAUAUGAAAAAGGUUGGAGUGACAAAUUGCCAACCAAUCCAGAUGGUUCUCCACUUGAACCAGAAAUGAUGAGUGAUGAAUACUAUGCAAUGGCUGCAGCAAAGAGAAGAGGUUUGGGUCUUGUCAAGUUCAUUGGUCACUUGUACAAUUUGAACAUGUUGAAUGAUCAAGUAAUCUAUGUGUGUCUUAAGGACCAAUGUAGCAAUGUUACAGAUCCUUCAGAAGAUAGUUUGGAGAAUUUAGCUCAAUUGAUCAAAACUGUCGGUCCUAAAUUGGAUGCCAAUGAUCGUACCAAAACCAUGCUCAAGAUUGUAUUUGACAAUAUCACUACCAUUUUGAGCAAUGUCAAGUUGAGCUCCAGAAUCAAGUUUAUGUUGAUGGACUUGCAAGAUUUGAGGAAAGCCAGGUGGCAAAGUGGUAAACAAGAAGCACAACCUACUACCAUUGAAGCUAUACACAGAGAUGCUGAGAUUAAGAAAUUGAAGGAGGAAAGAGAAAAGGGUAGAAGACCACAAAAUGCCGGAAGAGGAGGAGGAAGUCUGCAUUACGGAUCCAGCAACAUAGGUGGUGGGGGAAGCUCAAGAUCAAAUUCAGGGUUUGGAUCUAAUUCCGCAUCAAAUUCAAAUUUUUUCAGAAAGUCGCCAUCAGUAGGAAGAUCUGAUUCUAAUGUCAGUAGAAGUGCAAGUGAGCGUGGCGGCUCAUCUGUCAAUACUCCAAGUAAUCUUGGCGGAAGUGAUCUUCAAAGAGAUUCAUCAAGGAGGUCAGAAAAUCAACAGGUUAAUAGAUUUGCUGCAUUGGGAGGUGAUGAUGAAGAUGUAGACGAUGAAGGAAACGCUGAUGCUGAGGAGGUACAAGAAGGUCAAACUAUAGAAACAGCAGGUGAGAAUUGA